GUGGGGGGUUAACUAGCGAUUUUUCAUUGUGUCGUGGAAAGUACAGCGCAUCUGGAGGGCAAAACGCCGAGUGCAGCACUGAGUGGUCCUGGUCAUGCCAGGAAGCCACUUUUAGUUAACGUUAUCUGUCAUGACUGUUAGUCUGGCAAACUAACAAGCUAGGUAAGAGUAGUUCAGAGAUUUCAGGCAAACGUUAUAUCUGACUAAGCUUGCUAAUUUUGCAGCUAACGUUAGCUAACUACCUAGCCAGUUAACACGCGGAUCCGUCUCUCACGCUUUUCUUGGUUAAACUGGCGGAGCAGCACCUCUGUAUUACGAUGAAUUCAUGCAAUCGGUACCGACGUCAGGUUUAGCAGAGCCAGCUCGCCAUGAGUUUGCGGGUAAGCUGCCUCUCGUUCAGGCAGCCGUACGCUGGCUUAGUGCUGAACGGCGUGAAAACUGUCGAGACGCGCUGGCGGCCCCUGCUGGCCGAGUUUGAGAACUGCACCCUGGCCGUUCACAUCGCCUGGAAGGACUGGGAGAGCGACGACUGGGGGGACGUGCUGACGUCACUAGGGAUGAACCAGGUCCAAAUACAGGAGCUUCUAGAAUCCGGCGAAAGGUUCGGCCGAGGAGUAGUGGCAGGCCUGGUGGAGGUGGGCGAGACCUGGUGCUGUCCUGACUGCCUGCCCCGGGAGGAGAUGCGGGAGCUGGAGCGGGCGGCUGUCCUCACCGGGCUGGAGGGGAAGCACCUGACCCGCCUGUCGCGCCCACGCUGGCUCAGGGAGCCUCUCUACGCCCGGGGUCACAAGGACGUCUGGGUCGUGGACAUCCCCGAGGAACUGCUGCCCUCCCCUCCCUCUGCGCCCCACCCAGCUAGCUAGAGGCACCUGUAAUUUCAUCUCUCUCCACACGGGGUGCUGUCUCUAAAUCGUCUGCCUAUUGAUUUCUGCAGCACCACAGGGGGACACUCCUGGGGCAAUGUACACCCAGACAGUAAGGAGGGUGGAGCCAGACUCUUGAUUGACAGCGUGACAGCGUGCAGUGUGACAGCGUGCA